AUGUCCAGAACACAAACUACCAUCCUCAGACCCCUCGCCACCUCCUCCAGGGCGACUCGCAACACCGUCGCCCGCUCAUUUGCUAGUAGCUCUCGCCAGCAGCUCGCCACCUCUUCAUCAGCCUUCGCCGGUAUCCGUGCUUCCCACGGACAUGAACUGAGACGCAAACCCCUUGCCCUCUUCUCCCACCAACAACGCCGAACGAUGUUUAUCCAAACCGAAACAACCCCCAACGAAGCUUCCCUCAAAUUCAUCCCCGGCGUCGAAGUCACCCACGGAUCAGCGCACGAAUUCCUCGACCUCCGCUCCGCCCUCGCCUCGCCCCUUGCCACCCGUCUCCUCACGAUUGAGGGCAUCACGGGCGUCUUUUUUGGGCCGGACUUCGUUACGUGCUCGAAAGAUGAGUCGCUCGCUUGGUCGGUGUUGAAGCCAGAAGUCUUCGCCGUCUUGAUGGAACACUUCUCCUCUGGCGCGCCGUUGUUUAAAGAAGGUUCCGGCGAGACGACAGCAGAAGACACAAGAGUCCUCGAUACAGAUUCCGAAGUCGUCGCCAUGAUCAAAGAACUGCUCGAGACCCGUGUGCGCCCGGCGAUCAUGGAAGACGGCGGUGAUAUCGAGUACAGAGGGUUCAAUGAAGUGUCGGGGUUGGUGCAGCUCAAGUUGAAGGGGAGUUGUAGGGGGUGCAGUUCGAGUAGCGUGACAUUGAAGAAUGGGAUUGAGAGAAUGUUGAUGCACUAUGUGCCGGAGGUGCAGUGUGUCGAGCAGGUGCUGGAUGAGGAAGAGCAAAUCGCGUUGGACGAGUUUGCCAAGCUCGAAGCUAGGUUGGAGAAGGAGCACGGCAAGAAGCCUGAUGGCAAGCCCGAGUAA